AUGGAGAGCCAGUCUCUAUUUGCUAAGUUAUCCAAAUGUGAGUUUGGACUUAGGGAGGUUUUAUAUUUGGGCCAUGUGAUCAGUGUUGAUGGGGUGAAGGUGCAUGAGGAGAAGAUUCAGGCGAUUCGGGAUUGGCCCCACCCUCAUAACAUUACUAAGUUACGUGGGUUCCUUGGUUUAUGUGCUUAUUACAGAAGAUUUGUGAGAGGUUUCUCUCAUUUGGCAGCACCUUUGACAGACCUCACAAAGAAAGGGGUGUUCAGAUGGAUAGAACAAGCACAGGGAGUAUUUGAUAGACUCAAGGAGGUUAUGAGCACUUGUCCAGUUUUGGCAUUACCUGAUUUCUCGCAGCCAUUUGUCCUAGAGUGUGAUGCUUCAGGUCUGGGCAUAGGAGUUGUGUUGAUGCAGAACAGACAUCCCAUUGCCUAUGAGAGCCGUCUGUAA